UGCUCUGAUGCUGCGGAGCCAGGCUGAAACUUCUGACUAUCGACCGCUGCACAUGUCAUCAGCAGAAGGAAGUGAACCUCAGACAGAUCUUUAAACACAGCCACAGUCGACUCUGUGAACAACCCAACACUGACGAGAUGCCUCUCCGGGUAGUAGUGCAGGGUCCCGGGCCGUGGGGAUUCAGGCUGGUGGGGGGAAAGGACUUCGAGCAGCCACUGACUAUUUCCCGGGUCACCCCUGGGAGUAAAGCGGCCCAGGCUAACCUGUGUAUUGGAGACAUGAUCUUGGCCAUCGAAGGAGAACCGACAGAGAACAUGACUCACUUGGAAGCGCAGAACAAGAUCAAGGGAUGCAUAGAGGAGAUGGUGCUCUCCAUAGACAGGUCAGAACAUAAAAUGUGGUCGCCGCUUUCAUCUGAGGAAGGGAGAACACAUCCAUACAAGAUGAAUCUUGCAUCAGAGCCAAAGGAGGUGAAACACAUAGGCUCGACCCACAACAGGAGUGCUCUGCCAUUCACUGGUUUUGGCCCCAAAGUUGUGACCAACCAGUACAACAACCCUUCUGGUCUCUACUCGUCAGAGAACAUCAAGGACUUCAAUUCGGCUGUGGAAGAAGUGAAGACCAGUGCCACAGCUAAUGAGCCCAGCAACAAUGCUCCAUCAGAUCCAUCGCAGACAGCCAAGCGGGCGCAUGUAGCAGCAGAUUCAGAGGUUUACAAGAUGCUGCAGGAGAACCAAGAGUCUGAUGAGCCUCCUCGACAGUCUGCUUCAUUCAAAGUGCUUCAGGAGAUCCUUGAGACAGGUGACCCUGAUAAACCGUCUGGGUUCAGGAGUGUGAAAGCACCCUCGACAAAGAUUGCAUCAUCAGUGGGGAACACAGAGAAGUUACCCUCCUGUGACAAAUGUGGAUCUGGGAUUGUGGGGAUGGUGGUGAAGCUGAGGGACAAGUUCCGUCACCCCGAGUGCUACACCUGCACAGACUGCGACAUCAACCUAAAACAGAAGGGACAUUUCUUUGUGGAGGACCAGAUUUAUUGUGAGAAGCAUGCACGUGAGCGAGUGACCCCGCCCGAGGGCUACGACGUGGUCACCGUCUUCCCCAAGUAGAGCACUCGCUGGGCUCAGCCUCGGACUGCACGCCACUAUAGGACACCGUGACAUUAUCCAAGACAUUACAACAUUUAGUUCAUGCUACUCCCAAGACUAUAAAACUGUCUUCUCUCACAGUAUGUGUCAGUACAGUCACUGGUAGGCAGGACAGUAAAGAACUACGUCUUUGAAAAUGUUGAUUUGCACAUUAACUUUGGCCUCUGAAAAAGGAAAAUUAAUGAAUACUAUGAAAUGUUGGCAUUUUUCUCUCCCUAAAAAACAUUUGAAUCGCAACCACUGUGUUUAAGUAAUAUUUGUCUUUGUACAUUUUGUUCCUUUGAAUCAUUGAAACAAUGAACAUUUCACCCCAAGACACAUUUUCUACAGUUUUUAUCAAAUAAAUAAACCUACUUUUAUGCAACAAAAAUAGCUCAAGAAAACAUUUGAAUAUCAUGACCUAAUAAAUAUUUUUAGUUAAAACCAA